GCAUACCAUAACGACGAAGUGGACAUCUUUUACCGUGACAGCCGCAAGGGUGACACCUUUCCCGAGAUCAACUGGUCGGACCCACAAAAGCCGCAAACGCACCGACAACCGGACAAGCACCCGAGCCGCUUGUGUCCUCACUCAAGCUCUUCCGCGGCGAGUCUCGCCAUCCACGAGAGGACUCACAUUGGCGAGAGGCCCUUCAGUUGCGGUGUCUGCGAGAAAACGUUCGCGAAAAGGUCUGGCUUGAUGGCUCACGAUAGAACUCACACCGGAGAGAAGCCGUUCAAAUGCAACACGUGCAGCAAGGCGUUUACUCUGAAACGCACCUUGGCGAAUCACGAAAGAAUUCACACCGGAGAGAAGCCGUUCAAGUGCAACACGUGCAGCAAGGCGUUUACUCGGAAAACCAACUUGGCGAAUCAUGAGAGGACUCACACCGGAGAGAAGCCGUAUAGAUGUGAGACCUGCACUAGAGCGUUUGCGGCCCAUAGCAAUUUAAACAGUCAUCGGAAGAUACAUCACAGGUGAUCGAAACCACCACGUGCGUCAUAGCUGUGGAGGGGGUUUAAACGAAAUACUCGAGCUCCUGCGUGUGUUCAUAUCGUUUGGCGGUAGACCUGCAGGGGUCUUCUUGCGAGCAGUGUGGGUUUUACAUACUUCAAAAUUUGUCAGCCUGUUAUUUGUCGUGUAAUCAGAAAUAAAAAUGUGAAUUUACCUUGGAA